AUGAUCGUAAGCUUUCCCCCCUCUUUCCCCCCGUUUCCUUUUCCCAUUCAUCCCUUCACCCAAUUCCUUCCCCCAUUCCUCCCUCCGCGCUUUUCUUUCCUCCAAUUCUCUCUUCCCCAUGGCUUCUCUUCCCACGAAAUUGCAACACGAGCAGGCAAGUGCGACUACUCGGUGGGUUUCUGGCUGCGCGCUCCGAAGGGCACAGGCGUGCCGCGCUACACGGCGCGAGCAGGCGAGAAGGGGCACUGCCCGUACGUGCGCCCGCUGUACGCGUGCGAGCGCAACAACCGCCCCGACUCGCGCUACCAGCGCUACCGCUGGCACGCCAAGAAAUGCCGCCUGAGCUACUUCAGCGGGUCGGGCUUUAAGUACCUCAUGCGACAGCGGCGCAUGCUGCUGGUGGGCGAUUCGAUCAUGGGGAACCUCUUCGAGGCGCUGCUAUGCGCCAUCCACGCUGCGGGAUACCAAGGCAAGUGUAUUUCCGUUGCUUAA